AUGUAUCACGAAUCAUUGAGAGAAGACCUUACUCAAUAUAUGUUUAAGAACUCCCAUAAGUACAACCAUCUGAUAGACGGUGAUAUACACGUACACCUAAGCGCACAGAAAUAUACAAAUGGAAGGUUAUCGUCAUGGGCAACGGAGGCCGAGCUAAAAGCCGCAUCUGAUCACCACCAAAUUAGCAUCCAUGUUUCAACAGACCGUAAAUUCACAGAGUGGUUGAAAUUUGAAGAUCAAAUUGAGCCCUCAAUUAAUGUAGACCGCCCGCUGAGGUUACUUUUAGAAAACAGCCAUUUCAGUGUACUAGAAGCUAGCGUCGACGGUAGACAGCAUACAACCCAUGCUACUGAUACUCACGUGUAUGAUUGGUUUGAAGGAAAGCCUACCGAACCUGUAAUUUACUUGAAAAAACAGAACACUGCCAAUGCAAAUACGAAUGUGAAACGACCCAGUGACACAAAAGCGUUCAAAGAAAAGCAGGUUAAGGAGAAUAAACCCCAAAUAUCACCACAAGAAUCGUUACGAAAAAAAUCCGAUGAGACAAAAUCUUCAGUGACUAACCUAUCAAAACACGUACUCACCGACGCUGAACAAAAUCUCCUUGAAAAGGGCCUUAAAUUCAUCCCAAGUCGUAAGAAUAUUGAUAAGGUGAAAUUGCUAGCUGACCUUGGGGAGUGGGAACGCAGAAUGCGAUUACGGGAAUACUUUGCGGACAGUGAAAGCAACCAAAAUAUGAAACAGGGAACAAUCGAUAAGUUCCGAGUAAAACCAAAAAGCACAUUUACUCCAAACGCGGGGAGAGACCCAAGCCUCGACCUUUAUGUUGAACUGGUAAAGAAUGAUAUCAUCUCAAAUUUGAGGAAGACUGGCAAAUUAAAUCUAGACAAGAAUGAAAACAAAGCAUUUCAUGAACUGUUACAUAAUGACUCAAUUAUCAUCAGACCGGCAGACAAGGGAUCUGGCAUAGUAAUACUAGAUAAACAAGUUUACAUAGAGUCACUGAAACACGAAAUGAGUGAAGACGAGGCAUACAGAUGUACUGAAGGCGAUGCAAGUAAACAAAGUAUGAAGAAUGUGAAGUCGCUCGUUAAUAGACUUCACCGACAAGGCAGUAUCUCUGGUGAUAUGAAACAGUAUUUGAUACCAAGGUACCCACAAGCGGGUAAACUCAAAGGAAAUCCGAAGAUACAUAAAGCAGACGCACCUUUACGCACAAUAGUGAGCGGGAUAAAUACAGCUACAGAGAAAUUAGCCGAAUUAGCCGAACAUGAAUUAAAUGAAUAUGUGGAGUCCUCGCCGAGUUACAUUAGAGACACUACGGACUUUAUUCGGAAACUAAAAGAAGUCAAAGAACCACUGCCGAAAGACAAUUGUCUACUAUUUUGUUUUGACGUCAGGAAACUGUAUCCAUCCAUACCCAAAAGAGAAGGGUUAGAAGCUUGCAGGGAAGCAUUGAACGCGCGCUCCAACCCACUAGUCACUUCAACUGAUGAUAUGAUUGACGUAAUCACGACAGUUUUGGAAAACAACAAUUUCAGUCUAAAUGAAAACAACUACGUACAGACAGAUGGAGUGGCGAUCGGCUCAAAACUGGGGAAAAAUUUUGCGUGUAGCUAUAUGCGGAAGUGGGACGAAAAACUCAUGGCAGCUUAUAAAGUACCGGCAUUUUAUAAGAGGUUUAUAGAUGAUGGCUUUGGAAUAUGGAUAGGUACCGCGCCUGAACUUGAGGCUUUUACCGUACAUGCCAAUUCAAUACACGAAAAUAUUCGAGUACACCUUCGGUAUAGUCCGCAUACUAUCGUUUUUCUAGAUACAACCGUACGGAUGCGAAAUGGUCAUAUCUACACAGAUCUAUAUGUAAAGCCCACGGACAAACAGCUCUACAUACGCAAAGACUCAUGCCACCCCCCUAGCAGUAAAAGAUCUUUAGCGUAUGGACUUGGGUUGCGGAUACGAAGAAUAUGUGAGCAGGAAGGUGAUUACAAUAAACAUAGAAAUGACCUAAAACUGCAAUUAAGAAGACGCGGGUACAGCGGGAAAUUCGUAGAAGGCCAGUUACAGAAGGUAGAUGCACUGUCGCGCACAGAGUUACUGGAAAAAUAA